GCGCUGCGGCGGAGGCGGAGGUGCUCUGGCUGUCCUUCAGGCCGGCAGGCGAAGGUAGCCCGGUGCCGGGGCGGGUGCCGGGCGGGCUCCGCGGGACGGGACCGGUGUGCGGCGCUCGGUAUCUGAAGAAAUAGCCUGAAGAUGAACUUCUUCCUGGAAACAUUACAAUUCAUUGUACUUCUUGUUUACUACUCACUGGAGUCACUGGUGUUCUUGGUUGUUCCUGGACGGAAGAAGAAUGUUAGUGGUGAAAUUGUAUUAAUAACAGGAGCAGGAAGUGGCAUUGGAAGACUCUUAGCGGUGAAGUUUGCCAACCUUGGAGCCACGGUGGUCCUCUGGGAUAUUAAUCAAGAGGGACUCAAUGGCACAGUUAGACUGGCCAGAGAAAGUGGAGCAGGAAGAGUACACUCUUAUGUCUGCGACUGUAGCAAAAGACAGGAAAUCUACAGAGUAGCUGACCAGGUUAAAAAAGAAGUUGGCGAUGUCAGCAUCCUAAUCAACAAUGCUGGUAUUGUAAUUGGGAAGAGAUUUCUUGAUUCUCCUGAUUCACUUGUAGAAAAAACCAUGGAAGUGAACAUAAUGGCACACUUCUGGACUUACAAAGCCUUCCUCCCAGCAAUGGUUGCCGCUAACCAUGGACACUUGGUUAGCAUAGCAAGCUGUGCAGGACUGUGUGGAACCAGUAAGAUGUCAGAUUACUGUGCAAGUAAAUUUGCAGCAGUUGGUUUUGCAGAGUCAAUUGAUAUGGAGAUGAGAGCUCUGAGAAAGACUGGUGUUAAAACCACAAUUGUGUGUCCUUUCGUCAUAAACACGGGAAUGUUUGAUGGUGUUAAAUCCAAGUGGCCACAUGUGCUUCCUAUUCUGGAUCCAGAGUAUGUGGCUGAGAGAAUAAUCAGUGCUGUUCGUCAGAACCAAGAAAUGUUGUUUAUACCACGCAUAGCUUAUGUUUUAUAUUUUUUGAGAAGCUUCCUACCAGUGAAAGCAGGUGCUCUCCUAUUACAAUACUUUGGAAACCUUGAUAUCAUGAAUACCUUCAAAGGUCGACCAAAGAAGGAGUGAAAAAGCACAGAAUUCAGAGACCAGCAGCUCUAAAGUGGAUGUUGUUAAAGGUGGUGGUGGGAAAAGUUAGCUUCACUAGCAGCUGUGAGCUUUAGGUGCUUGAUUUCUCAAUAGUAACAAGAUUUUUAAGAGUUGCUUUUUAACUGUCUUUUAAUCAACAGCUUUCAUCUGAACUAUUGUAUUUAGUCCUGCGACUUCUUCUCUUUUCACCUCAUUAUGAAAAUGCAUUAAUUGAAUUUAGUUGCUUUGGUUUAUAAUGCCUUAAAUGGGAUCCUGCAUCACAAACCAGUAAUUGGCAGCUUUGGGGGGAAGAAAAGACCGAGAAACUACAUGUAUUUAGCAGGUAGCCAGAAAAGCCUGUAGUGGAUCUGACUUCUUGCUGCCAUUCAAUGAACCAUGAAGUUGGGCUGUACUGCUGGUGCCACUACCAUUCCCUGGUAAGCUGAGGUAAUUCAAGAAUUACCUCAAACAACAGAUUCUGACUCUUACAAAUGAAAGUUUUGUGAGUUAAAAAUAUACACUCUGUUGGCGAAAGAAAAAAUUACAUUUAUUAAUUUUUGGAAGUGUGAUCUCUCAACUCACAGCUGACAAUGGAUGUUGGGGCAGGGACAGGGAAGGAUAUGUAAAUUAAGCAUUUGUGCUGCUAAUCUACUUUGUGCCUAAGUAAUUUUAAAAGCUAAUACUAUGGCUGCAACUUUGUAACAGAAGUCUUUAUAUCUUUCAUGUACAGUAUUUUAAGAACCAUUUUAAAUUGUCAUCUCCUAAGAAGAAUAAACUUGUAUUUAUAAAGCAUGA